CGCUGACGACCAUGGCCUCGGGAUCCGUGUCGGACGACAUCCGCCAGAAGUUCCAGGUCACCACCAACAUUGCUGUUGGUCUUGCUCGUGAGCCCAUGGCUGCCAUGCCUCCGAACGCAACUAUGUACUCGCCGUCGGAAAAGGUCAUCAAGGAGGCGGCUGCGCAGCGGGAGCGGGCAACAGAGGACAUUCUGGCUGCAGACGCCGUCGACUUUGUGGCAUCGGCUCAGGCCGGCGUCCUCCGCCCGUUUGAGUCGACUGGAUCGUUCCAGACUGGCCUGCCCUGGCGCGAUGAAGACGAUCCGUACUAACUUAACUGUUGCUGAGCCGCUCAGCUGAGCUGCCGGCUCAAGC